UAGCAACAGAUUGUUACAAUAUGGAUGAUGUGUGAAUGAAAACAACAAUUUAAAACAGGAAUAAUCUAACGCAUAAAUAUGGAUCAGUUUGGCACAUUAGAAUUAUCGUGGGCUCAAGGCAUUACAGGAACUGAAGCACACUACAUUGACAACGAUGUUGUUUGUUAUCAGUGUGGAAAGAAUGUAAAGUUUUUGUCUGUGAAUGGAAAAGAACAGACUUUUGGUUUUAAAGGGGAAGGUCAAGGACCAAUUGCUGUACAUGAGAUUAACAAACAUUUCGCUGUUGCUGAACAUUGCUUGAACCCAAAGAUUUUCAUUUUUGAUUACAAUGGAUUCAAAGAUGUAGCAGUGUUAACUGGUGGAGCACAACUUGAGUUUCAGAUAAUUGCCUUUUCUGCCAGUGAAUAUUUUGCAAGUAUUUCUGGAAUUCCUGAUUUUGAACUUGUUUUAUGGAAAUAUCGGACAGGAGAAAGGUUGGCGUCAGUGCAGCUCAGCUCUAUUUCCCCAACCAGCAUUGGCUUCAACCCUGCCAACUGGCGCCAGAUCUGUGUGACAACAUCCAAUGAGAUAACAAUCUGGCAGACUGAACAAUCGCAUGACAUAUACCUCUUAGAGUCACAAAAGAUCAAGUUACCAGCCGAAGACCCGAGCCUUGCUGAUGAAAUGAAAGACGACAUGCAAUCGAGAUCAUCAACUCGUGCGUCACGCUACACAGUCGAAAUGCCGAAAGCUGCAAUUGCAGGACUGGUUGGGGAAAUGGCAGAGAAACUCGAUGAAAUCCAGGAUCCAAUUGACCGGGUCAAACCAGUGUCUCACACAUGGGCAACUAAUGGCGACAUCUAUAUUGGUUGCAAAGGGGGACAACUUGUGAAGGUGGAUGGAGAUCAGUUUAGAGCCAAGGUGUUGUAUUACCCACCACCUCCCCCGAGUCUGGCAUCGUCCGGCCCUCCCAGCGCUCACAAGAGCAGGUCCGAUGUUCAGGCCAGCCAGUCAGGAGUCACUACUGACAGGAGCAAGUCUAACCUUCAUGACACACCUUCCAGCAUUCCUAGCGCACGACUCGAAGACAUAUCUUUUGAUCAGCCAAAGAGUGCGGUGCUGGCUGGCAGUCUCAAUGCCAUUGGCUACCACAAAAAGGGCUUGUUUGCAGCAGGGGAAGAUGGUAUUAUCAGGAACAUUGACCUUCAGCACGAAGAACUGCAAGUGACAGAAGAACGUACAAUUGGUGCCCCCAUCACUUCCAUAUGCUUCUCACGGACUUACACUCAUCUCGUGGCAUUCUCACCUCGAGGUGGGCUGUAUCUUUAUGCAGUUGAGAAUCCUGAGGAUAUGAGAUGCAUGAAACAUGUGCACCCUGGCAACUUCAUUGGUUUGUCUCCACUGGCUGCCUGUUCUGAUGUAUGUGUGAGUUGUAAAGAAGAUGGUGUACUACAAGCAUGGAAUAUAAAAAAAGGAAAUUUAUUGUCUCGACUGUAUUUGGAUAUAGAGGCGACAGUGAUUGCAUGCAGCCCGUUUUGCCAGUUUGCUGUGGUUGGGAGUAAGUCUGGAUACCUCGUCUUUGUGGACUACAACUCGGUGGAAAACCCGCGCAUCAUUCACAGCAUUCGACUCUUUUCAGGACCAGUCUCUCAUCUCACGUUUGAAGAAGAUGGUCAGUUCUUUUUUGUAGCUUCUGAUACGGAGCAUGUUCUGGUCGUGGAUGGACAUCCUUCAAAGAAAUUUGAAAUUUUGGGAUACACAGUUGUUAGGGGAAACAUAGAAGCACUGUCGAGCUACACCAGUGGUAAAGAUAUCCAGGUUGUAGUUACGACCAACCAGAAAAAAGCUGACGACAAGAAGCCUGGAGCGAAUGAGCUGACCGUGUUUACCAUCACUCCACAGCUACUCAGAAAUAUUCAUGUGAGUUACAGCAGUCUGAGACAUGACUUCAAGGAUGAGUUUAUUAACCGGAUGGACCUCCACUUGGUCGUUCCUUCCUAUAGUGUGGCUCUCGGCGAAGGGAACCGGAUAUACACCAUUAGUCAGGCCACUAAGAAGAUCUGUUCAGUUGCUCUACCAGAGGUCAAACCAAAGAGGAUAAAUGGUCCCGAUUCAUACCUUGGUCCUGAACAUGAGGUCCCUGGCCAUCAGUUGCCUGGAGGAGCUGUUGCCUUGUCCCCUCAUAAGAAGUGGCUGGCAUCUUUUGGUCCUGAUGGCUCUGUGAUGUUUCGAGCGACUGGCAGUGUGGAAAAUGGCUUAUUUGUAUAUGACAAUGAUGAUCAAAUAGGUGACACAAAUGAUCGUUUUGUGAAAAUCACUCCUCACGAGUUCCGCCAUGGAGGUGUGAGGUUUGCAGCCUUCUCUGAAGACUGCCACUAUGUCUUUACAUCAGGUUACGAUGAAAUUCUUACGUGCUACAAGUGGAAUUUCACAGCCACAGGUCAGUCAAAGGUGAAGACAGCUGUCGAGGUUGCCAAGGCUCGUAAAAUGAGGCUACUCAAACCCCAAACGGAGGAGAACACAGCUCUUAAAGAGUGGCAGGACUGGACGUCCCCUCGUUGCAAAUCACGCACUGCCUCAGCAUUUGAAAAACAAGAGAAGGAGAGAAUUCAGACUAAAAAACAGCAGGCCAUUGACGAUGAUGAAAUCUUCCAAACACCGACACCAGUACCCGGUCCGGAUGCCACAUGGCUGGAAGAACAAGAGCUUACGGCUAAUCUAGAUGAAAGUGUACAGUACAAAAUACUGAAGAAAGACAUACGAAUGCAACUCAGGGAUAUCAGAAAACAAAUUCAGAAAAUGAUAGCAAGUAAUGAAGAACUGCCAAACAUUGAGAAACUUGGACGACAUGAAUUUGAUUUGGAUAUGGAUGAACAGACUAAACUACAGGCCGAGGGUGACGCAGAAGUCAUGAGGGUCAAAGAAAACAUUGAGUUUGAAAAUUUGGCCAAGAUAUAUUUAAGGGAAAUGAUCAAGAAAGAAUGCUGGGAUCAAAUGAAGGUCAAAGGUCGAUCUUUGCUGUCGUUCAAUUCCUCACUUGAAGUGUCAAACUUUCCAAUGAGAGAAAUAUCGCAAGCCGUAUUGGAGCAGUUAAAAAUAGCAGUUGUUCGCAGAAGGAUGGAAGUGAAUGAGGCGUUGGUGAGGAAGCAAGAAGUGGAGAUAGGCUUGAAGGCAUUGCCAUCUUUUUUUAGCGUCAAGUCAAUAACAACCAUUGCUGACUUAGAUGAUGACCAGAAUGAAGGUGAAGAGGAUGAUGAUAAAACUGAGAAACCAUCCACGACAGGAAGUCUCGGUGCACAGUAUGGUGGGGGGAAUGACUUGUUCUACAGCCAGUUUGAACUACACACACGGGAACAGAAGAUAACACAAAUUAUUUUACUUCAGGAUGCCAUUCAUCGGAUCAAGACUGCGUUCAAUACAGAGUUCAGCGAGGUGUUCCAGAAGAAGGAACAGGAGAUGGCUAAGAUCAAGGACAAGAACAAGCGCAUCAAGAAGAUCAUGGAGGACCUUGACUUACAGGAGCCCAUGGUCGUACCUGAGCUGUGUGCGGCCGAGAAACCAGAGAUGUUGCUCACAGUCAAGGACUCUGAGGUGAAAGUUGAGAAAUAUAUGACCCCCGAACAGCGUAAGAAGUUUGAGGAACAGAAGAAAGUAGAGGAAGAGCGACGUUUACGUGAGAGGGUGGACAAUGCACGGGAACGAGCCCUUGAGAUGAUGAUGGGCGGAGUUCUUGAAGUCAAGAAAGAAGACGAAUUGAAGAAGGAUAUUCCCAAGCCACAGUUUAUGCUGAACAAGAAUGAAAGUGAGUGGACAGAAGAGGAACAGAAACUGUUCAAGGAGUACGAAAAGAAAGUGAAAGACCUGCAGGAAGAGAGAGAGAAAUACAGAAAGCAACUGGAGACAGAGCUGCGUAAACUGCAAGCCAUGAUCUGUGACGGCAUGGCUGGUUUUGAUGAUACACUCAACCAGCUUUUCUUGAGGAAGAUAAAAAUCAUGAUGGUCAUCUAUCAGGAAGAGUUGAAAAUUAAUCGCCUGCGGUUCUCUUUGCUGCUGGAGGAGGAACUGGAAGUGAGACAACUGGAGCUGAACAGACUUCUAACUCACAAGCGACAGAUGAAGCAUUUGGCCUACGAGGCAUAUACUGAGUCAAAGAAAAAUGUGGACAAUUUCCGUGAUGAAUAUGACAUUUUGACAGCUGAGGACAAAGUUCUUGACAAGUCGUUCAAGCGUGAGUUUCCCGAUGUUUCAGCAACCAUGUUGGACCACCUUGCCAGGCUGUUCAGGAAGAGACCCAGAGGACAAAAGUACAAGAGUGCUGAACCAUUGGAAUCUACAGAAAACCCGUUUGUAGACCGCCCUUCAACGGCCAAGCAAAUGGCUCAUGCCAACAAAGUGCUGGAGGCUGCACUAGUUGAAAUGGACAAGGAGUCGAACAUGCCUGAAGGUCUCGAUCUCAGCACCUGGCAGAGGUUUUGUAAAUACAGACGAGACAAGAUCUACAGUGAACAGUUGGUGAAGUCUAAAGCUCUUGUUCUUGCUGAGAUGAAUGCUUUCUUGCAAAAACGACAGGAUGAAGAUGAAAGUCUCAAGAAUGAAAUGGAUAAUUUAAUUGAGGACAUUAAAACAUUGAAAGACGACAAACAACGGUUUAUUCUGAAUCUGGAGGUGCAGCUGCUGUUGAAACAAGGUCAGGUGGAGAUUGAGAUGACCAAGUUCGUCCCUGAUUACCGCUCUAGUGUUCUCCUUCACAGAUCUGUCGUAGAAGAACUCAAUGGAACAAUAAAGCAACUUGGAGAAAGUAAGAUCACAAGCAUGGUUGAAAGCAAAGACUUUAGGAAAGGCAUCAUUCAGUUGGAAUGGGAGCACAAGAGAAUGUUGAUGCAGGUGGCUGACCUUCAGAACAAGAUGAAGGACAUCCAGUUUAUGAAAGUCACCCGAGAAAUCCAAGCAUUUUUGAAUGAGGAUGAUUAUGAUCAGAAGAAAGCCCAAGAAAUUACAACCCUUGAAAAUACCAUUGUGAUGUUGAAGAAACACCAUGAAAAGAAUUUAGAGGAGAAGAAGAAGAUUUUGAAAGAGCUAAAUAAGAUGACCUAUCAGAAACAGAAUAACAACUCUGGACUGUCGAUGCAGCUCCAAGAUAUCAAUGUUUCUGUGCAUGAAAGAGUUCACAUUGAUGAAGUCAAUGCUGAGAAACGUAAGGAUACUGGAGCCGAGAAGCGGUACCAGGAGAUAGUUCAGAGAAGGAAGCUGGUCGACUUGGCCAAGGCUCAGGCCCAGGAGGUGGCCGUUUUACGAGCAGAGGUGGAGCGACUGCGAAUGAGGACAUUCCCGGCAUUAGUGCAAGUAGAACACUGACAGCGCCAUGUGUGUGACAACAUUUACAAUCAUGGUGACUCAAUUGCUGUUUUAGCUGUUAAGCACAACUUGUAUACUGUGAUCCAUUUACAUCAGGGAAUUCAAUGAAGGCCCAACUAGACAUUAAUUUUUUAUGUUCAAGUUUUGCAUGCAUUAUAAUCAUUACAUAUUACUUUCUGAUUAUUUACAAGAAUGGACCAACUCCACUUUUUAAAGGUAGUUGUGAAAUACAGAUUUAUGGCUGCACUUACAGAAAUAAAAGACAACAACCUGUCUUCCUGUAAAAUUUUGUACUGUGGAGUUGUGUCCUUAUUUAAUUCACUGAUUCAAUUUGUUUAUCUGACUGACUAAUUUUCAAAUCUAAAGACUAGAUUUUGAUGGAUUUUUGUUCUGACAUUUGAAGUGGAUAUUUUUUCUCUUUUUUAAAACAUAGGCAAGAAGUGUAUAGUGCUUAUUACACAAUUUACAACAGUAUUACUACACUCUGAAGUAUUUUUGUUUACCAAACCUACAUGUAGUUUGAAAUAUGAAUCUGUCUUUGUAGCUAGCUAUCAUUCUCUGUAACAUAAGCAAACUUUUUUUCUUGUUAAACUUAAAUAGCAAGAUUUUUUAUUUUUGUUAAAAAUAACAGUACAAUUAAAACAAUAGUUCAUAAAAAUACAGCAUUUGAAAUGAUGAAUAUAUACAUAAUAAUAGAUCAUCAGAACUGAAACAAAUUGUAUUUGUGUCAGUAUAUUAAGCGAAACUAGACUGACCAUUUAAUAUGUUCUUAUCUCAAGUGAAAAUCAUUCCAUGACUUUAAGGCAACAAGAAACUGAAAAUUUAAUACAUUUUUCAUCUUCAAUUGUAAAAAAAACCCCACAAAUCAUGUUGCUUUCAACUGAUGUGGCAAAAAAUAAGAAAAACUUGUGACCAUCAUCAAUAGUUUUUAUCCACCACGAUUUAUACACACAUUAAAAAUUACUUGCAUUCAUCACACAAUAACGUUAGUUCUUCCACACACUUACAUGCACUGAAAAUUAUAUUUAUAUACUUCUAUUACAUGAAAAGAAGCCCUUUCUAAGUACUUAAAAAUAUCUAAAUGUUAAAAAAAAAAAAAAAAAUUCCCCUCCAUUGCUGUUUUGAAAAAUAAUAAUCCGAGAAUCAAUAUCUUUUUUUUUUUUUCAUGGCCUUAAAUGUUUUUCAAAUUAUUAUUUGCUUGUGAUAUGUAAUCCGUCCAUUAUUGUGACGACUGUGAUGAAAAUGUUAUUAAACAAGUGUUUAUUAUUUAAUUUUAUAAAGGUUUUAUUUAUGUGUUUUAUUCACAUGCAAUCUAAUUUAAACUAAAUGUUUAUAUUUGAUUUGUUCUUUGUCAAGUAUUCACAAUGUAAUACAUUUCAAUAAAGUAUUAUCUAAUUUU